GUUCGUGCACAAUGCCUGUAAUGUGUGAUGUCCGUCUUUAACGGAAGCCAUGGCGCCCCCUCCUCCUUCGUCCUCCUGGGUAUCCCUGGCCUGGAAGCGGUCUACCACUGGAUCUCUAUUCCUCUUUUAUCAAUGUACGUUGUGACGCUGCUAGGAAACUGCACCCUCUUGUACACCAUCAAAACAGAGCAGAGCCUCCACAAGCCCAUGUACCUCUUCCUCUGCAUGCUGGCCCUCAUCGACCUGGUGCUGUCCACCUCCACCUUGCCCAAGAUGCUCUGCAUCGUCUGGUUCCGAGCCGGGGAGAUCGACUUCAGCGCCUGCCUGGUCCAGAUGUUCUUCAUCCACUCCUUCUCCAUCAUGGAGUCGACGGUGCUUGUGGCCAUGGCCUUUGACCGUUACGUGGCCAUCUGCAACCCCCUGAGGUACGACUCCAUACUGACCAACCCAUUGUUGGCCAAAAUUGGGCUCGUGGUGCUCUUGAGGGGCUCCGCCUUCAUCGCCCCGAUCAUCAUCUUGGCGUCGCGCCUUCCGUACUGUAGGACCCACGUCAUUGGUCACACCUACUGCGAGCACAUGGCCGUGGUCAAGCUGGCCUGCUCGAGCAUCCUCGCCAACGUUGUGUAUGGGCUGGUUGUGGCUUUUCUCGUGGUGGGGGUGGACUUGCUGUUCAUCACCUCGUCCUACUGCAUGAUCGCCAGGGCUGUCUUGGCCUUGCCCUCCAAAGAUGCACGCCACAAAGCCUUCAGCACCUGCGCCGCUCACGUGGUGGUCAUCCUGGUGUCCUACACCCCGGCUCUCUUCACCAUCUUAACACACAGGUUUGGGCACCAUGUGAUGCCUCACGUCCACAUCCUCCUGGCCAACUUCUACCUCCUCUUCCCUCCCAUGCUGAACCCCAUCGUGUACGGGGUAAAGACCAAGGAGAUCCGAGACCGAGUGAUCCACUUGGUCCUGAAGAGAAAACACUUUUCCUAA